AUGUCAACCCAAACUGCUCUCGCCAUCACCGAGGUCGGAAAGCCCUUGGUUAAGCUUGACCUUUCCACUCACAAAGGCACCGAACUCAAAGACGCAGAGGUCCUGGUCAAAGUAACUGCUGCUGGCCGUGAGUUUACCCCCCUAGCCAAACUCCCCCCUCCAACGAGCCUAACCAUCCCAGUUGCCCCCCUCGACCAAAAAAUGCGCGACUUCGGGCGCCUAGGAAUCGGCGAGCGUCUUCCAUGGGUACUCUCCGGCGACAUCGUCGGCGAAGUGAUCGAGGGCGGCCCUCAGAAUAAAUUUCCACUUGGCACUCACAUCUUCUCUCAAAUGAUCUUCCAGCUGCCCCAGAGCGGCGGCCUGCAAGAGUACACCAUCCUCAAUAGCGAAUACGCAGCCGAGGUCCCCAAAACCAUCCCCGACACCGAAGCUGCCCUGUACCCCAUCAACAUCGUGACAGCGGCCAUCAGCCUCUUCUCCGAGAAAGGCUUUGGGUUCCCGCUCCCCGAGACACCGGAGGCGCAGGGCUUCGAUUAUGCGUCGCAGAAGGUCGCCAUUAUUGGCGGCGUUAGCGGGGGGGGCACAAUUAUUGUUACGGCGUCGCCGUCAAGCACGGAGCUGCUGAAGAGCUUUGGUGCUACGCAUGUCAUCUCGCGGCAUGAUUCUGAUGUUGAGGAGCAGGUUCGGGCGAUUGUCGGUGAUGAGCUGCUCUAUGUGUACGAUACUUUCAACUUUGGAAGCUUGGAUCUGGCGGCGUCUCUUCUUUCGAACUCCAAGAGGGGGACGCUGAAGAAGGCUGGAUUUGAGGAGAAGAGGACUCUAGGCUUCUCGAAUCUCAUUCCUGCGUUCGGGAAGGCGCUCUGGACGAAGCUACCGGAGUGGCUUGCCAAUGGCAAGAUUAAGCCCCUGGAAUACAAGACUAUUGACGGGUUGGAUGCUGAUAAGGUCAAUGCAGCUCUGGAUGAGUAUGCGGCCGGGCGGAGCGGUGUCAGAUACCACGUUCGUGUCUAG